AUGCCAGAUCCUAACGAAACCAACAUCUUCACCUGCACAUUCUGCUUUCACGUUUCUCAAGGCCCGCCCCAGAUCAUCGGGCGCUCUGCACGCCUCGCCUGCACAGCCUGUCACGCCGCGCUUCUCAAUCUUGCCAUUUGUUGGGUCUGCGGCGAGCUGAUCUUCCGAGGUGACGAGUGUGUCAGUUUUGGCUGGUGCUUCUGGCACCGGGCUUGCUACGGAUGUUUGCUAUAUGGGAGCAGAGCUAUCUACCAGGGGGUGCGAGUAAAGGAGCUCUUCCAGGAUGAGGAGCCAGAAGAGAGUGGAAGAGACGGAUGUGGAGGGAAGGAAGUGAACGAAGUACCGCUUUGCGCUCCUUGUGUGGUCGAGGUCGAAAUAGAUGGAGUAAAAGAAGAGAGUGUGGCUGUAAGAAGAGGCCUAAGGCGAGUUGAGAAAGUGGACGGUGGACUGACGAGGAAGAGAUGGGAGGCCAACCACAAUAAGAGCAACUCAAAGUAUCCAUCCACAUGGCAACCGUCUAUUCAACGCACUGGCGAUGGAGUCGCAGGUGAUGAAGGCAUGGCCAGCAACUCUUCUAGCAACUUCCGAGAUACUUCGAAAUCAGUCAUCUGGGUCGACAUUUUCGAUCCUAUCAAUGGACCAUCUUUCAAACCGAGCCCUCUGAAGCCGAUACCUCUCUUCAUGCAACGAUCGGCCAGUCCUAAACACGAACCGCGCCGCAGAGUACCUACUAUCGACACACAUCUACAAACUCCCCCACCCCUACGAAAGCCUCGUUCAGCUCCGGGUUCAGCCUGUCCUUCGCGAUCACUUUCAGAGAGCCCGAUAUUGAACCCUCAGAGUGCGCGACAGUCGCCAUCUCCAGCUGUACUUACAGCCUCUCGAUCCCCAAUGCCACCUCGUGAUUACGAUAUAAGACCGGCUCUCGAAUCCCCUAAGAACUAUAGCAAAGACAGUGAGCUUUCCGAAUUGUUACACAAACAAGCGGUCAGCUGGGUCAGAGAGGAGCCCCUGAAACGGCCUUCAUCUCGACUUGCCCCUGCCCGUAGCUCAGACAUGAAUCGUUCGGAAGCCAACACUUCAGUAUAUCGAACGCCCCCUGAGUACCCAGACCAGGCACUGCGAACACCCUACCCGCUUCCGUUGUCAACAAUCAGAACGGUCAGCCCUCUGUCCUCGCAGCUCACGUCACAAUCGCAACGGAUGGUUCAUGCCGCACCGCGAUCGUCAGAGUAUCUGGACCGCUACCAGCCUGUGAUGACAGGACCAGUACAGAACCAGGGAGUAAGAAAGUUGAGAAGGGUGGCAGCGAGUGUGAGCGAAGAAGGCCUGCAAAGGCCGAGACUUGGAGAAUCUGAGGGAAGUGAUUGGGGCAAAGUUGGAACUGAGCUGAGACGGCUCUUUACGGGAAGGUAG